CAAAAAACUUUUUAUCAAAUUUAAUGUCUCUCACAAAAGUACCCAUAAAUGACAAUGAAUAUAAAUAAUCAGGGUCUCCGUUUCAUCAAAACGAAGGUCCUUUGCUUCCGAAGAGGGAGUAUAAAAUGAUAUCGAAGGAGAAAAAGACUUAGCUGAUCCGAACUGUUCUUCUCUAGAAAUGCAAAAUUAAAAGAGUACUAUAUUAAUAUAUUCCUUUUAGAUUGCUAAGGAUCUUAACAUCAAUUAUGCUACCGCUAAAACCAUACUACAUAAUUACAGGAAAAAAAAUAUUCAAUUCGACCAAAAAGAACAUCUUUAAUAGGUGUCCUACUCAAGCACCAGAAAAUUCUCAAAAUUGAAUCUCAAAAUAAUUCUUAACGAUAAAGUAGUAAAGGAACAGGAGUAUGUGUUGCCAACAAUUUGAAAAAAUAUACACAUUUAUUAUUUAU